AUGUUUUCAAAUCUCUCCCCGGGCCCAGGCCAGCGCCUGGAGGGAGGGCCUGGCCGGCCCAGCCGGGGGACCCCGGAGCUGGAGCCCCGGGUUCGCUGUCUGCGGGGCUGCUUCGAGAACCUAGAUUCGAAAAGAGCUUCCCGAGGUACUAUCAACGCUCUUUUCCACCAUUACCGUCUAAUCCGUCCUCUCGAGACUCGGGGCGAGGGGAAGCGCGAGAGAGGUUCGCAGCGAAUUGUUCUGGCGAGGAAGAUAAAUAAAAUACGCCAGUGGAAUGAAGACCUGGACCGAGGGCUUAUGGCGCCACAGCCUUGCUCCGGGUGCCUUGGCCACCCUGUUUUUUCUCUAUUAGAGAUCUCUUUUGCUGCCCUCCUAGCCUUCCUCCUGGGUCUCUCCGCCGCUGGGUUGAUACAUUUGCCAGUACCCUGGCCCAAUUUCAGGCGACUCCGGGUCCGAGCGCUCUCACACGCGGCUACGAAUUCCCCAACCCUGGAGGCCUGAGUCCCCAGGCUUUCGGAAGCCAGAGGCUCAGUUGAGGGAUUGUGAAAAAGCUGAGCCGACUGGCAAAUUUAUCUGAAAUGGCGAGAUUCUGCCGGAAGGGGGCGCCCUUGACUUUUUAAUAGGCCAAACUCACGUUGGUAGAGGGAGAAAUCUAAAAUCCCACAUCUUUUGUUUGUUCUAAAAUUGUUGCGAGAGCAUAACAGAGGAGCCCGGAAACUUGAAGUCCUUGAUAACGGAAUGGAGGCAUUAGAGCCCCGGGAAUUCAAAGUCUCGAGGCCCCUGACUGCAGACCUCCCGAAGUCACCUCGGGAAGUCCGAGUGGUAACCUAAAGCCUUUCCCCUCCCUCUGUAGGGAGCAAGCACCACGCGCGGUCUCCCCCAUCUGUCCCACACGCCACCUACCCAUAGGCCUAUCUGUCCUGAAGUCUCUCAAUUUCUGA